AAGCUAUUAUACACAGACAACAGACACAGCUUCCAAAAGCUAAAAGCUUAAGGAAUCACAUUCAAGCAAGCAGAUCCUAAGGAAUCUUAAGGAAACAGAGAACAUGUCGACAUUUUACAUUCCAUCUGUUGGCUUUUUACUGCUUAUAAGUUUGGCGUUCACAAGCGCCCACCCGCUACAAAGUACAGCCUUGACCACAGAAGACUUGGACAUCUUGAAGCUUCUGCUCAGCCAACUGGAAGAAUCAGUUCCCUUUCAAACACUGGAACCGGAAGUGGAAGAAACAGUGGUUAAGGAAGAUGAAGUUGUAUCUCAGCCUGAGUUGCUUGCUAGGGACUUUCUCUCUGCUAGGGACCUGAAGACAGUUCGCCAAGACUCCAGCUCCAAGAAGUACUCGGGUUGUUUUGGCCGCCGUCUGGACCGGAUCGGCUCCAUGUCGACUCUGGGCUGCAACACUGUUAGACACCAGAGUAAGUUAACAUUAUCAUUCCACAGGCUUCCACUUUCUCAGAGCAAGUGCAAAGCAGUCAAGACAAAGCCAAGCACACAGCCAUCACAGAAAAUUAUAGUCAAGCCUCAAAGGAAGUCAGGGAUGGUUAAAGGAAUUAUUCUAGCAGGAUUCCUGGUCCUGCUCUGUCAUGAGCUAGCUGCACAAGCUCACAUGUUGAGUAGGCACAACACUGCCAACAGCAUCAGCAAGAUCAAGAACUUGCUCCAGCAGCUUGAAGAAGCCUUGGUAGCUGAAGAGGAUACAGAAGGUGCUGUGGAUUAUGAGGACAGGAACAUAGCACUAAGCCAAAGCCAGGCUUUUCCAGGCAGGGAGGACCAGCAACCGAAUGAGGACAGCAACACUGAUGAGGGACUCGAGAUGCAGAGGAAGCACCUCAUGGAUCUCCUUCUGUCCACAAGGAGCAAGAACUUCUCUGGCUGCUUCGGCGGAAGGUUGGACCGCAUCGGCUCCUCCAGCAGUCUCGGCUGCAACGGUAUGAAAGGUUAAAUGUUUUGUCAGGCUCUGCCGAGAGACUGGAUCUGUUUGAAGUUCAUGAGGACAGCAUGCAAGAAACAGUGCUUCAGAAAAACCUGCUGAAAAACUGUUGGCCUGGGCGAGCAUACAUUUAGGGUAUUGGUGUGAAUGUGUGAAUGCAAAUCAGUGAUUAAUAGUUCUAAGAUUGAUUUAAAUUUGAGCAUAGUUUCUGUCUGAAGAUCCAUUUAUUAACACACAGGACCGAGAGCUAACGGAUGCUUUAUUGAUUUUAAUUUUAUAAAGAUCACAUCGUUUUGUCUGUGUAUUCACAUUGUACUUACCAGCUGGAGUUUAUUUAUCUAAAACAUUCUUUGUUUUGACUGUUUUCUUUUAUAUGCACGUCAAUAAUCUACAUGUAUGUACUGUUUCUCUUUCCAGUCAAAUCAAAGUGACUUUAAGAUGUCUGUGUGAAUAAAUAAAUACAUCCAUUAUUAUG